CCAAUUUCUGUGAUAUCAUUACACGCUAAAUUAAGAAUUGUUAUAUUUGAAAGAUUUUCCAAUCCAUGCAUAUUUUUCAGCAGAUUAUUUGCGAUCGACAACUAUAAUAACCUUACGGAUUAACAAAAUUACUCACUUGUUGAAUUUUAGUCAUAAAUGCAAUUGCAUUAAUGGUACGAAUAUUGUUUUUGUCUAA